AUGGUGCUACGAUGCGUGUUGUGUUUUUUUGCUCUCUUGCUGAGCGUUGCUUCUCUCUGCGUGUCCGCUGGCGAGACUGGUGCAGGUGCUGCAGUUGGUCCUGAUACUCUUUGUAUUCCUGGUUCUUCUGAACCUCCUUGUCCUGCUGGCGGUGGUGGUGGUGGUCAUCCUCCUGGUACUAUUCUUCCUGCUGUUAAACAACAGGAGGUAGAAGGGACCGGUGGUGAUAAUGAUCUUAUUUCUAGACCUGAAACAUUGGCUGAAACUGUUAACUUGAAUAGUCAAGGUAAUCCUCAGGGAAAUUUAAAGCCCCCUGGUAAACGAGAAAAUGAACCCCAACCACCUCUAUCAUCACUACCCACACAACCUCAUGUUCCCGGCAGUGUGACAGAGCUUAAUCCCACUCACGAUGGAGCGCAGAUUCAUGAACAAACAAGUCAAGGUAAAGCGAGUGGUUCACUCCCAGCAAAUGAUUUAACAACUCCUGUAGAGGAUGGACAAGAUGAGGAAUCAAAAAAGAAUUCAGAGGAACAGCAACCCCUGCACUCUGCCAGUAGAACCAAUGGAAACUCUAAUGAUCGACAGAGCUCUCUUCCCCAGGUGCAGGAACCAUCAUCUGCAGGCACACCCGAGAGCCAGAAAGAGGAGCCCAAUGUUAACAGCGAUAGUUCAAAGGAUGAAAAUACAUUUAACCAGAAAGGUUCAGACUCACAAUCCUCUUCUUCCACAUCUACUGAACCUCCUGGUGCACCUUCACCACAGGAAACUGAAGGAACAACAACCUCUGUAACUGUGAAUACUGACAACGGCACAACAACUAGUGCGGAAACAACUACCACCACCACCACAACAACAACACUUCCUCCUGAACUCACAAACAACAAGAAGGGUGAUGCAGACAGCAGCAGCAGUAUCAGCAGUUCUGUGUGGGUGCGUGUGCCACUACUGAUUGUGGUUACACUGGCCUGUAUUCUUGUGUGCUGA